AUGGGUAGAAAACUCUUUUUGCUACAAAAGAUGAGAUCGCCAAAGAGAGGCAUCGAAAGCAAUUGGAAAGGAGUGAAUAUGUUUUCGGUGCUCAUGCGAAUGCAGAUUCCGUCCGACACAAAGACAAAAGGAUACCAAAGUCCAAGAAAAGAUACUACAAUGCGGUUUAAACUUUGGAUGGACUUCAUUGAAGAAAAUGGAAUUGAUGGCUACAUAUUAGGCCUACGCUGUGCGACUCCAGACCAUACACUCAUCCAAGAAUUUCUCCGCUGGUGCUGCCAUCUGGCGCUGGGGCAAAAAAGUAAAAACGGACGAUCAGUGAUGACAUCGAUUCUCAAUUGUGCAGAAAGAUUGUUUUUUGGUUGGUUUGAAGAAAAUAUGCAAAUAAAAAUUGUGAUGGAAGACCGGAGAGAAAUAUUUAACGAGAACAUUAACCGCACAGGAAAAAACGGUUUAAAGUGUCGAGGAUUCAGAUCACGGCUUCACCAAGAAGGAUUCUCCCCGAGUGGUAUCCUCGAUGUGGCAAGCGGAUCAUCGUCGGUUCAUGCCCGGGUUGCUUGA